UAUGUUCCCAAGUUAAUUGAAGUAAAAAUGAAUAUUUGAUGUCGUAAACAGAGUAAGGCAGCAACAAAUGGUCAGAAAAGACAAAUUAUCCUACAGCUAAUGUAACUAUCAUCAUCAUCAUUAGGUCGAGCUUGUUCGGUAUUCCAUGACACGCUUCCUCCACCUUUCUCUGUCUUCCAUUGCAAUUGGUAGAUCUUUAAUUCUGCAUCCUGUGUCAUCCAUCAGUUGGUCAAUGCAGGUCUUUUUCGGGCGUCCUCUCGGCUGAUGUCCAUGUGUUGGCUUCCAGAGUAAUACAUCCCCUGCUAGUUCUUCUUUACUGCGCCAACAAUGUCCUGCGAAUCUCGUCCUUUGUUGCUGUAGCGACUUACUGAUUGGCGGGAUGUGACCGUAGAGCUCUACAUUUGUGGGGUGGUCCUUCCAUGAUCUGUUUAAGGCAGCGCGUAGCAUUCUAGUGUAUGCUCAAUCGAUUUUCUUUUCCAGAUGUGUUGUUAAGGUCCAGGAGACUGAACCAUAUAAAAGGACGGUUUCCACUGCUGCUCGAAAGAAGUUUCUCUUCAGGUUGUCUGGGAGGUUUAAUUUCCAUAUCUUGUCAAGUUCAUUUAGAGCAUCCCACGCCUUUCCUAGUCUGAUGUUAACAUCAUGUUCGGCAGAGGCGAUGUAGCUUCCCAGUGAUUAAAGCAGUGGAUAUAGCUCGUGAAAAGAAAGCUCGUCAUUGGGAAUCGGCAUAUACAUUCAGUGAAAGAGGACGAUAACCAUGGCGUCAUGGAGUGAAUACCAGACUGAAAGUGAAGAAGAAGCUUUAGCCAAGGCAAUGGAACUUUCGCUUAUGGAAGAUAAAAAAUCGUCAAGAAAAGCGGAGUUCCCGAUUCACAUCGGUGAAGAGACAUCAGAUGGCAGACUAUCAUCGAGAGAAGCCCCCUCGCCAUCAUCCUCUACUUAUCACAGACAAGGCUUGUAUAGCAGAGGAGAGAGUUUGGUAUCGGGAGUUGAUCCUCACAGUGGCCUUGGUCAAAAAAAGGCGGAAUUCCAGAAAGAGAGCGGUGAACUGAGAACAGGUAGGGCACCUUUAUCGCCCCGACAUAGCUCGUCAUUGUCACAGUCACGUGGAAGGAAGACCCAGCAAUUGCAAAGGGAUCCCACAAGUACUCAAAGGGCUGUUUCUCAGAGGACUGGUGAUAAAACUGCAAGAGCAAUCCCUCUCUGUCUUCCUAACAAUUAUCGGUGGGAUUCUAGGACUCGUCAAUGUGUUAACACCAAUGAAGUUCGUUCUUCAUUGUAUGUAGUUGAAGAGGCACUUGAGGAGCUGAGGAAAGUCAAAGGCCCAGUGUGCACCGUUGCUGUCGCUGGUCCUUUACGGAAAGGAAAGUCUUACAUUUUGAGUGAGGCUUUUGAUCAACCAGGAGUAUUCCCUCUAGGACACGAAUUUGAUCCGGAGACCAUGGGAAUCUGGAUGUGGAUCGUGCCAGAGAAAUAUAAGGACUUAAGUGGCCAGGACGUCACAGUGGUGCUGUUGGAUUCAGAGGGUGUUGACGCUGCUUUCAGUGAGGGUCGUGAUGACAAUCAGAUAUUUACUUUAACCGUUCUGCUGGCUUCCGUGCUUAUUUAUAACUCACGUGGUGUUCCCACAAGGCGUGAUCUCGAUAGCCUGCACUUUAUCUCAAAGCUGUCUAAACGAAUCCAUGCAAGAUCUAACUGGAAAGAGACUGCUAAGAAAAAAGAAGAGGAGUUCUUACACAGAACUUUUCCUUUCUUUAUUUUGUUGCUGAGAGAUGUAGCGCUCUCCAUUCCACGCGACUGCAAAGACGUCAAGGAUUACUUCUUGAAAAAGGUCUUCCGUCAGAAUGCUCCCCGAAGUAGGAAUGAUGUACCAGAUGUAGCCGAGGGCAUCUUGAGGUUCUUUCCUGGUUUUAAUGCGUUUGCCCUAUCCCCUCCUUCAACUGAUCCAAAUGUGUUAAUCAAUCUUAACACAAAGAAGGAUCAUUUACAGCCUCAAUUUUUGAGUGAAUUAGAGCAGUUUAAGAAGAUGAUAAAGUCCAUGCUAGUCCCAAAACACAGCUGCAACAAAGGAGAGCUUAUAACUGGAGAAGGUCUUGCCGCCCUGGUCACCCACUACGUUUACCGUGCCAUCAACACUCCUGAUGUGGUUCCAAACGUUCAGGUCGCGUGGGAUCAGUUUGUAAAAGACAAGUGCUCAGGUACCAUAAAGAAAUGUCAACAGAAAUAUAACGAGCUUAUGGACUUAAAACUACCAUGUGAUAAUGCUGAGAUACACUUCCGUCACGAAUUCGCAAUGGAGGAAACUAAAGAUCUGUUCAAGGCGGAAAUGUCUGGCAUUUCAACAACCACAGUGGAGAAGCAACUGAGGGAACUGAAGGGUUUUUUCGAGAAACGGUUGAACGAACGGAGGACUAAGAAUUCAAGGUUAACAAGACAAUUCUGUGAUAAUCUUCUGUUACAACUAAAAACAAAACACCUAGAUCCAGUCAUUGAGCAGCUUCAAGGAAGAGAAGGUUCGAAAUUAUCAUUCGAUGACAUCCUGAACGUUUACCGACAUAUCAAAGAUGACUACGAGGCAGAAGCAAAGGGUGCUAAAGAUGCCAUUGCUGAGGCGUUCUCCGACUUUCAUUCCAAACUAGCUGCGGAUACAAAACACUACCGUGAUAAACUGAAACAACUGAAAGAUUUUGACCAAACAGCCGCAAGGGAAAUAGUAGCAGCAGCUUUCAUAGAGCGAGAAAGGAGACGGCUUGAGGAAGUCAACGCUAGUUUACAACAGGAAAAUCGAGCAAUGGAAAAGGAGAUGCAAAUGCUGAUUGCUAGAUCAGAAAAGGAGAAAGCUGGACUGCUAGUGCUAAAGGAAGAAAUGAUGAAAAAGGAGCGCGAACAAUCGCAGAAUAUGCAGCAGGCAGGCCUGAUAGAAGCUCAGCAACAAAGAGAAACCUACAUCCAAGAAAACCAAGCCCUUAGUGAGUGGCUAUUGGAGCUGCAAAAUGAAAACGAGGAACAAAUGAAAGUGAUGAAGAGCAUUUCAGAAAUGAUCGUUGUACACCAAAGUGAGAAAGAGCAGCUGCUUGAUCAAAUGAAGACACUUUCACCUGAAGAGUUAACAAAGUCAUUGAAGAGGCUAGAAAGAAGGCAAUCAGAAGAAGUAAAUGCGCUCCUGAUGAAGAUGGAAGCUCUUGUGGGUGGUAUCAAAUCAAGCGGUGGGGAAGACUUCAACGCCACAACGAAAGAUGACGAAUGUGCUAAAAAGCUGGAGGAUUUGCCCGACAUCAUGACUUCGAGGGCACAAAUCGCUCGGGGUCUACACCAAAGGAUAGCAGAAAACGAAAGAGAUCAAAGGGAUCUCAAAACGGGUGAAAUCCUCAAGAAAGUUCUCAAGUUUAUGGGAGAUGUUGCACCAGCGGUCGGCGAGGUAGCAGCUCUUCAUCCAACGUGUUCACCUUAUGCUAGGCCAGUGGCCCAAGCCGUGCAAAGCAUCGCCCAAGCUGUACAGCCUCUUGACUGUAGUAUCAUGUAGCUAUUAUCUCCAGAAGAUUUCUUGAAUACGUUCGCAGAAAUAGACCGUGGGCUAGAAGCUAAAUAAUACGAAACUUUGUUUGGGAUUUCAUUACAGUAACCAGUGAAAAUUAUAUAGAAUUAAUAGGGAAGAGAACAGCAGUGGGACUUUUUAGAGUUUUGCAAAAAAAAAUUGUUGAAGUAGAUUGCGUCUUUGUUCCUACUAUAACAAUAACACAUUCUAAUACGACUAUUUACUAAAUUAAGCCGUGUAACAGCUAACAUUGAGGGUAAUCUGCAGUCUUGCUACAAGGUCCAAACGUGCAUCACCUUUAUUCUUGAAAAAGUGGAAUUAAAAGAAAAAAAGAUUUUCGGAACUCUUGGAAUCUUUAAAAUUCCAGAGUAGCUCUUCAACUUGCUAGUCUUUUAUACGUGCACUUAUUUCAUUUCCAUCG